CAUUCAUUGACACUUUGAUUGAGGUGACGUGAUCAGUCAGGUAUUUUUACUUAAAGUUCUUCUGAGGUCUCACUCGACUUAAAAAAAUAAAUAAUAUUAUUUAAGUCGGAGAUUAUAACACAAAAAAGGAUAGCAAAACGGCACAGAGUACCCGAAAUGGAUACAAAAAAUGUUAGAAUGAAGAAAAAGCCGUGCAAAAUUGAAGAAAUGACUAAAGAGCAAAUACGUGAAGCGAUUGUCAAGAAACGAGUAUGCAACGCGAAAGCGCAAACCAUUGUGGAAAGCCUGUUAGAGAAGGUCGUAACUGAAUCAUAUUUCUUACAAUGCUUGCCAGACAUCAAUCAGAGCCACUUCGAAGAUGUUAUAGAAGAGAGGGCUAUCAUUCACCUGUGCGGUUACCCGUUAUGUCAAAAUGCACUUUCAGAAAAAGACAUCCCAAAACAGAAGUACCGAAUAUCUAUGAAAACCAACAAGGUUUAUGAUAUCACAGCUCGGAAAACUUUUUGCAGCAACAGUUGUUACAGAGCGGCGAAAUUUGUGAAAAAACAGAUGUUAACAAGCCCCUUGUGGUUUAGGGAAUAUGAAGAGAUACCUGCCUUCCAUCUGCUUCCUUCUGAUACAGUCGGCAGCUUGGGCCUAGAAGUGGAUGUAUCAAUAAUAGAGAAAAUUGAAGUAAAAUCUGAUAAGUCUCAAUUUUCUUCAAUCAAUGAUUUUGCUACUGCCAGCCUCAAUGAAAUGACUGAUACUGGCAAUGAAUUAACUAAUAUUGAGGCUAAAGUAAUUGUGAAAAAUGUUAAUGAUUGUGAAAAUAAUAACAGUAGUUCUAGUUCUAUAGGAAAUUUGCUGAAAAUGAGUUCGGAAUACUCUAAGGAGUUCGUAACAAGUUCUGUUAAGCAUAAUCAAAGUUUAAACAUUAAUUCUGUUGAAUCUCAACAAGGUACUCAAAGUAAUGUUAGCAAUCAGAGUAAUAAAGAGUUCACAAAGAGAGUUCAACGCAAACAUAACCCACUAAAUAUAGUUGGCGACAUUAUAGAAAAGCCAGAGAAAAAAAUUGACCCAAUAUUGGCUCAAAAGCCAGAUAACAUCCCUAAAGCCCAAAGCAAACCAAAAAAUGUAAUUAAAAAGUGUCAACCGGCUGUCACCGUGUUAACGAUUGAAGUAGAAAAGCGCCUUGCCGAAUGGUUCACUUUAGACACGUUGCUUCUAUUGUUUGGAGAAGAGAAAGUCAGAGAAAUGGUGGCUGAUAAAGGAGAGUGCAUUAAAGAGUAUUUAAAUAAUUACGCUAACAGCAUAGCGUACAAUGCAAACACUUAUGACCAAUACCAAGCUCUAUGCAGGAAGCUGAACAUGCUCGAAUUAGAAGAUAGACAAUUUGAUGCUCAGACUUUACAAAGAGAAUUAAAACCACUUCCAGACUAUUCCAUGUUGCAAGAGGAGAGUAAGAAAAUGCAGUUGAAAGUGAGAGCGUACUUUGCUGGGGAAAUGACUAUUCCUGAUGUGAGCCAAGAAGAACAGGAUACGACUCCUGCUGAAGAAGAAAGUCGACCUAGGCAUUUGCCACUUGUUGAUAAAAAUGCUCAAAAUGCAUUGAGGAGAAGGAUUGUAUGUGAACAUUUGUUAUUUUUCGCCCUUUCUUAUUUUGAAUAGGUCUGUGAUAAUAUUUGAUUAUGACUAAAUGCCUAAAUGGGUACUCAAUUAGCCAAUUGUUUUGUUAUACAUAAUUAUAAACAACUUAAAAAUUCAAUUAACAGCUCCAACAUGUAGAAAAUACAUUUUAUUAAAAUCAGACAAUCGCUUCUAAAGUUAUAUUGUUACAAACAUACUAUGUACAAUACAUACAAAAAAAAAUUUCUCCACAAGUUGAUUGGUAGAAUGAAAAGAUUAAAAUAAAAUUAAAAAAAAAAAAACAAUUAAAUCACUGUCUAACAUGUCAGUGCAAAGCCCAAACAACUGAGAUUAGAAAUUUGAAGUGUGGCAAGUUGGUCCCUUUCUUUAUUUUUGGUCUUAAAGUACACUAAGAAUUACCUGAAGUGCUCGUGGAAACAGAAAUUCUAGAGGUACAGCAGUGGUAAUGGGACAAAUGUUUUAUGCAUUCUGAUCUGUGGGCAUACUCUAGUUUGAAAUAUAAAAAAAAAGGGAUGGUUUGUAGGUUGAAAGUAUUUAAAAUAAUAAGGAAACUAUGGCUGACCUGAUGAUUGUGUUGUUUACAAACUACUAAGGUGUUGACUUAGAAAGUAUAGAAUAAAGAUCUAUUUGCUCUCAAUACAAUUUCUGAAAAUUCUUUAUUAAUUGAUAUUAAUAUAAAAACCCCUAGGGGUCUAUGAAAAACCUGCAAUGGGACCACGUCAGUGAAAAAUAAAUUGGGGGUCCAUGAAAUGUAAAUGAGGAUCCACGAUAGUGGAUUUCAACACAUACACUGGUAGUACCUUCUUAUUCCAUCAUACAAUCUUAUAAUAUCAAAACACAUACAUUAUUUAGAAAAGUACCUAUGAAGUAAAAUAUGUAUUAUAUAUGUUUAUAAAAUUGUGUAAGUUGCAGAAUACAGGAAAUCAAUAUCAGGUAAGUAGCACAACAUGGAAAAACCAAACACAAAAAAGUUAGGGGAACUCUGGUUUAAAAAGUUUAGACAAUGGUGACGACAGAGAUCUGUUGAUGAUUAGCAUUUAGUUUUUGGGUUGCAACAGUCAGAAAUAAUUUACAACUAACCUGUUAGAAAUUAGCAGCUUUUCUUGGACAAUUACGACUGUUUACCCACGCUUAGAUAUCAUGUCUAUACCGUUAUCAUAUUUUAUCUAUAAAAUCGUCGUAAUAAUUAUCAUUUAUUCUCAACAUGUUCUUGAGCCACAAGGACUCCAAUUGAUAACAAUAUUUAUAAUUUUACCCCACA